CACCCCUGGUUCCACGGCACGCUGUCGCGGCUGCGGGCGGCGCAGUUGGUGCUGGCGGGCGGCGCCGGGGCGCACGGCGUUUUCCUGGUGCGGCAGAGCGAGACGCGGCGCGGGGAAUUCGUGCUCACCUUCAACUUCCAGGGCAAGGCCAAGCACCUGCGGCUGUCGCUGAACGAGGAGGCGCAGUGCCGGGUUCAGCACCUCUGGUUCCAGAGCAUCUUCGACAUGCUGGAGCAUUUUCGGGUCCAUCCCAUCCCAUUGGAAUCGGGGGGCACCAGCGACGUCACCCUGGUCAGCUACGUGGUGGCUGCCCAGAGACCCCCGG